AUGGCCUCCACCGUGGCCUUCACCCCCGCCGUCGCCGUCGGCGCCAAUGUGCAGCACUCUCGGAGGACCUCUUCGCUGCGGCCCGUCCCGAGAGCCAGGCCCGUGGCCGCGAGGGCCAGCGCCGAGCGGGACGGGGCCGCGGCGGCCGUCCAGGCGCGGUCGGGGCGGACCAUCGAGGAGUGCGAGGCGGACGCCGUCGACGGGAAGUUCCCCGCCGCGCCGCCGCCGACCAGGCCGCAGGCGCCCAACGGCACCCCGGAGAUCAGGCCCCUCGACAUGGCGAAGCGCCCUCGCCGGAACCGGAGGUCGCCGGCGCUCCGGGCAGCGUUCCAGGAGACCAGCAUUACCCCCGCGAACCUCGUCCUCCCUCUGUUCAUCCACGAAGGUGAAGAAGACACUCCCAUUGGAGCUAUGCCUGGGUGCUUCAGGCUUGGAUGGAGGCACGGGCUUCUGGAAGAGGUGUACAAGUCACGCGAUGUUGGUGUUAACAGCUUUGUGCUAUUUCCAAAGGUUCCUGAUGGAUUAAAGACGCAAACUGGAGAUGAGGCAUAUAAUGAUAAUGGUUUAGUGCCGCGAACAAUCCGUCUGCUCAAGGAUAAGUACCCUGACAUUGUUAUCUACACUGAUGUUGCUUUGGAUCCGUAUUCUUCUGAUGGUCAUGAUGGCAUUGUGAGGGAAGAUGGAGUCAUCAUGAACGAUGAAACAGUCCAUCAGCUGUGCAAGCAGGCAGUUUCCCAGGCUCGAGCUGGUGCUGAUGUUGUCAGUCCUAGUGACAUGAUGGAUGGUCGUGUUGGAGCAAUUCGGGCUGCUUUAGAUGCGGAGGGUUUCCAUGAUGUCUCCAUCAUGUCCUACACUGCCAAGUAUGCUAGUUCAUUUUAUGGUCCAUUCCGUGAAGCUUUGGAUUCAAAUCCACGAUUUGGAGACAAGAAGACUUAUCAGAUGAACCCAGCCAAUUACAGAGAAGCCCUUAUAGAAACUGCAGCAGAUGAAGCAGAAGGAGCAGACAUUCUUCUGGUGAAACCUGGAUUACCAUACCUGGAUAUUAUCCGACUUCUACGGGAUAAUUCAGCCCUGCCGAUUGCUGCAUACCAGAUCGUGGAUCGAAUACUCGCAACAAAUUCAGAAGAAGGAAGAAGAAGAGAUGAAAAAGAAAUCCAAGGUGGAAAAAAAAUACUACGGGUGACGGCGGAGCGAGCGCGAGGGUGA